CAUAGAGCUAUUCUCUUGGCAGAUAAGGCUUAUGCCCGUAAAAGCCGACCCCUCUUCCGCUUCGAUGCGCUCUGGGCUGAUAAUCCGGAGGUCCGUGCUAUGGUGCAUUAUGUUUGGCGGGAAGAGAUUCAUGGAUCCCCUAUGUACUGUCUCUGGAGCCGAAUGAUUGGGAUGAGGUCCGGGUUCUGGAAACGAAACUCAGUCUUCAAUGGGAAGUAGAGGAGAUUUACUAGCAACAGAAAUCCAGGGUGCGGUGGUUGAAAAAGGGUAAUCAGAAUUCGUCUUAUUUUUAUACGAUUACUCUUAUCAAGAGAAAGCGGAAAUUUGUGGCAGGCCUCACGAAUGACUUGGGUCAAUGGAUCACGGACGAAAAGGGCAAGGAGGAUAUUGCCUGCGAUUUUUAUCAAAACCUCUUUACGUCCAAAAAUCAGAUCCUUGACAUGGAUGCUCAAGUGACUGCUCUACCUUUGCCGCUCAAGGUGACUGCUGAGAUGAAUGCAAACCUAACGGCUAAUGUUCUACCAGACGAAGUUCAGCGCACUGUCUUCUCCGUGGGUUCUAAACAGGAUCCGGGCUCGGAUGGCUUUACUGGGAAGUUUUUCAAAGCUUUUUGGGAUAGUGUGGGAGGGUCAGUGGUUGAAGUUGUAUGUUCGUUCUUUCGAACGAGUAGGAUUUUACGAAGCUUUAAUCACACUUGGCUCACUUUGAUCCCGAAGGUUGAUAAUGUGGAGUCGGUACGACAGCUUUUCCCGAUAAGUUUGUGCCAGUUUGUGUACAAGAUUAUCACUAAAAUUAUGACUGAACGACUCGCACAGAUUCUCUCGAAUGUCAUCUCUGAAGGUCAAAACGCAUUCAUCCGGGAAAGACAAAUUGUGGAUAAUGUGCUUCUGGGGUAUGAAUUAAUGCAUUACCUCAAAUAUAAAAACCGCGGGAAGAAAGGUUAUAUGGCUCUAAAGGUUGAAUGGCCUUUCCUCUUUGCGGUUCUGUCAAAGUUGGGGUUCUCUCAUACGUGGAUUGGAUGGGUACAAGAGUGCCUACGCUCUUCAUCGUUCUCGAUCUUCAUGAAUGGCACGCCCCAUGGUUUCUUUCAGCCUACUCGGGGUCUCCGGUAGGGUGAUCCACUCUCUCCCUCUUGUUUGCCUUGUGCACAGAAGGGCCGCAACCCUCAUCUGGAAGGAAAUUUCUGAGGGCAAAUUGGAAGGGUUAAGGUCGCUCCCUGGGCACCGAGGAUUUCUCACUUGUUUUUCGCGGAAGACUCGUACCUCUUUCUCAGAGGGAAUUUGCAACAAUGUGAGAAUCUAAUUGUUGUGCUGAAUGAAUAUGAAGAGCUCAGUGGCCAGCGUGUCAAUUUGGUCAAAUCGACGGUUGUUUUAGUAAGAAUAUAGAUAUCCAGGACCAGAAAUUCUUGGCUCAAGUCCUAGGAGAGAUAAAUCAGCUAGGCAAAGAGAUGAGUUGGAAUGAGUUACCAUUGUCUAGUUUUGAUCCUCAAAGGAAGAAACAUGAACCUGAAGUUCAUAAGAUGAAUUAUCGUUACCAACUAUCAAAUGCCUUUACUGUCCAUACGAAGUGACCAAGUCACAUAUACUAGAUGUGAAUACUCCAACUAAAUUUGAUAUCCUUGUUGGAUACUCUAAUAUAUAAAAAUGUGUAUGAAAGAGCGCAUGAAGCGUGAUAGACCAUUCAGUUCCAAUGAUAAGCAUCCUCGAGAAAGAAAAGGAGCUAUAAUUAGAAUGGUCAACUCGAGGACAUGAAAACUCAAGAAGAGUAACCAAGAAUAAAGUAAGAUUUUAGUUCCAGAAGAACACAUGUGUAUGAAAGUUGUGAAAGUUAAGAGAUCUCAAAAACAUAUUGGACUACAAUACUGGAACAGUAAAUGAAGUCAUUGUCGACGAAAUUUGUUGUACUUCAGUACUGAAUAUUAUAUAUACAAGUGAGGAUCAAGAGUAAAACUCUAUUGCUUCAUGAAAAUGAUGAUGUUAUUGGCCAGUAUAGAAAGAAAUCAUGAAACUUGCUCAAGGAGCAUAAUGUUUAAGGACCAGAAGUCCUUACACCUGAAAAGGGUAAAACUAGUGGGAUACAAAAAAAUUCUUGUGCUAUUGGAAAAUAUGAAAUUGUGUUAGAUAUAACAUAAUGUUUUGCAAUGGGUUUCUCGAAGAGACCUAUCAUUGUUUGAGAGGUGUUAUGCUCCCCUGUGGUGGAUGCGACUACUUUUUCUAAAUCAAUGUUUGAAAAUUUUUGUGAUAGCCUAUUUGUUUGAAUUCCCUAAAGAUGUUAUAUAUAUUUGAAACUCCCAAAAGGAUAAUUACUCCCAGAAGGAUUAAUUUACCUGAAGUAAACAAGUAAAGUUCUCGAGAACAUAUAUCGAUAGACUAAGAAAAUCCCUUGUAUGGGUUGAGAUAAUAUAGACGAAUGUGAAAUACUCGUCUAAGUGAACACCUACAACAGUAGGGUGAAUGGACCUUAAAAGGUUAAAUCCAGAUAGAGUCAUUAGAGCAUUUGCAUUGUGCAUAUAUAGUUGUGUUGUCUGUAUGUGCUUCAAGAAUUUUAAAUUCUUGAUUUACGAGUUGUGAUUUACUUUAAAGUAUGAGUUGUGUUUUAUGAGUGUGCUUUGUCUAGUUCAUAUGUUUCUAUGAUGUGUGUUUUGUUAAUAUCUUUCAUGAUAUGAAAGAAUUGCUUGCUUCAAUUUGUUUUAGUUAAGUUUUUUUUUUUGUGACGAUCUCAUAUUAUGUUGAUGAUAUGACUAUUAUUGGAGCUCCUGAAGAGUUUCCUAAAGAAGUUGAUUGCUUAGAAACAUAAGUUAAAUUGAAGGAUUUAAGAUCAUUUUUAUGAGCAAGGAAGGUAAUGUUGAAAAAGUGGAAAAAUAAUUUUGCAUGAACAAAUUGUGUUCAUCAAAUAACAUUAGGAUACUAAGAUCACUAGAAGUGACCAAAGAUCCAUUUAGGCAUCAAGAAAGAAGUGAAACAUUAGGUCCUGAAGUACUAUAUGCUGAUGUAGUAGGUCCUGAAGUGCCAUAUGUUGAUGCAUCAGAGCACCAAUGCACAUUGCUAGCCAAACACCAUAUAAACUAUCAUUUUGGUG